CGGUGCUGCUAGGUUUCCCUGCUCCCCCAGGAAGAGGGGAAGAACCGGCUGUGCCCACACCCAGCCUCUUGCAUCCCUCCCAAGGUUCCUUGCUUCGUCAGGAGGUCCUUGCAAGAUUUCAGCUCUGGGCUGCAGAUCCAGGGCUGAGCGAGGUGCCCAGCUGCUCUGCAUUGGGUCCCAUGAGACAGGCAGGACCACCCUGUCCUUCCCCCCCUCUCCCUCUGCUGCACAAGAAGCCCCUCCAGAAGCCAAAACGAAGCUGCAGAGGUCUGCUGCCAAGGUGAGAGAUAGGAUGGUAGCUGGGGAGGCGAGUAUGCGCAGCCCAAUCCUGGCCUGCUGGCAGCCAAUUCUCCUGCUGAUGCUGGGAUCCAUCCUGUCUGGCUCCGCCACGGGCUGCCCGCCGCGCUGCGAGUGCUCUGCCCAGGAGCGUGCCGUCCUGUGCCACCGGAAGCGGUUCAUGGUCGUGCCAGAGGGGAUCCCGACUGAGACCAAGCUGCUGGACUUGGGCAAGAACCGCAUCAAGACACUCAACCAGGAUGAAUUUGCCAACUACCCACACCUGGAGGAGCUGGAGCUAAAUGAGAACAUUAUCAGUGCCAUUGAACCUGGGGCUUUCAACAAUCUCUUCAACCUCAGGACGCUGGGGCUCAGGAGUAACAGACUCAAGCUGAUCCCCUUGGGGGUGUUUACCGGACUCAGCAACCUUACCAAGCUAGAUAUUAGUGAGAACAAAAUUGUGAUCCUCCUAGACUACAUGUUCCAGGACUUGUACAACCUGAAGUCUUUGGAGGUGGGUGACAACGACCUUGUCUACAUCUCCCACCGGGCCUUCAGUGGCCUCAACAGCCUGGAGCAGCUGACCCUGGAGAAAUGCAACCUGACCUCCAUCCCCACGGAGGCCCUGUCUCACCUUCAUGGCUUGAUCGUGCUGCGGCUGCGCCAUCUGAACAUCAACACCAUCCGGGAUUACUCAUUCAAGAGGCUGUACCGGCUCAAGGUCCUUGAGAUCUCACACUGGCCCUAUCUGGAUACUAUGACAUCCAACUGCCUCUAUGGGUUGAACCUGACCUCCUUGUCCAUCACCCACUGCAAUUUGACGUCCAUCCCAUACGUGUCGGUGAGGCACUUGGUUUACCUCCGGUUCCUGAACCUGUCCUACAACCCCAUCGUCACCAUUGAGGGCUCCAUGCUCCAUGACCUGCUCAGGCUGCAGGAGAUCCAGCUGGUAGGAGGGCAGCUCACCAUGGUCGAGCCCUUUGCCUUCCGCGGCCUCAAUUACCUGCGCAUCUUGAACGUGUCGGGGAAUUUGCUGACCACUCUGGAGGAGUCGGCCUUCCACUCGGUGGGCAACCUGGAGACGCUCAUCCUUGACAACAACCCCUUAGCCUGCGACUGCCGGCUGCUCUGGGUUUUCCGGCGGCGAUGGAGGUUGAACUUCAACAAGCAGCAGCCCACCUGCGCCACGCCCGAGUUCGUCCAGGGCAAGGAGUUCAAAGACUUCCCCGACGUCCUCCUGCCCAACUACUUCACCUGCCGCCGAGCACGGAUACGGGACCGCAAACCUCAGCAGAUCUUCGUGGACGAAGGCCACACAGUCCACUUUGUCUGCCGGGCAGAUGGAGACCCGCCCCCCAGCAUCAUGUGGCUGUCUCCCCGGAAGCACCUCAUCUCUACCAAAACCAAUGGGCGGCUCACUGUCUUCCCCGACGGCACACUGGAGGUGCGCUACGCCCAGAUCCAGGACAAUGGCACCUACCUAUGCAUUGCCAGCAACGCGGGUGGCAACGACACCAUGCUGGCCCACCUGCACGUGCGCAGCUACUCCCCCGACUGGCCCCACCAGCCCAACAAAACCUUCGCGUUCAUCUCCAACCAGCCCAACGAGAGCGAUGCCAACAGCACGCGCGCCACCGUGCCUUUCCCCUUUGACAUCAAGACUCUCAUCAUCGCCACCACCAUGGGCUUCAUUUCCUUCCUGGGCGUCGUGCUCUUCUGUCUGGUGCUCCUCUUCCUGUGGAGCCGGGGGAAAGGCAACACCAAGCACAACAUCGAAAUCGAGUACGUGCCACGCAAGUCCGACGCGGGCAUCAGCUCUGCCGACGCGCCGCGCAAGUUCAACAUGAAAAUGAUUUAACCAGGCAACGGUUUGCAAAUAAUAAUAAUAAUAAUAAUAAUAAUAAUAAUAAUGGUGUUGGUUGGUUGUGGUUUGGUUUGUUCGUUUUUGGG